AUGUCCAGAACGAUCUUUAACAACGUGGAAUUACUUCCACCGGAUGCGCUUUUCAACAUCAAGAAAAGACUAACGGAUGACUCAAGACCUGUCAAAGUUGACCUUGGCAUUGGUGCUUAUAGAGACGAUUCAGGUAAACCAUGGGUUUUACCAAGUGUUCGCGAAGCUGAAAGAUUGGUUCGGGAAGAUCCUAGUUACAACCAUGAAUAUCUCAGUAUUACCGGUUUUACUGGCCUUACAGACGGUGCUGCCAAAGUUUUGUUGGGUGAAGAAAGUGCCGCUUUGAAAGAGGGUAGAGUCGCAUCUGUCCAAUCGUUGUCUGGAACAGGUGCUUUACAUCUUGCUGCCAAGUUUUUGAGCAAGACUUGCCCCGAGAAAAGCGUUUACUUGUCGGAACCUACUUGGGCCAACCAUAAAGCCAUUUUCGAGUCUCAAGGCCUACAAACGGCUACUUACCCAUACUGGAACGCUGCAACCAAGUCCUUGGACCUUGAAAAGUACUUAGAGGCGAUUUAUUCAGCCUCCAGAGGGUCCAUCUUUGUUCUUCACGCCUGUGCUCACAAUCCUACCGGGUUGGACCCCACCGAACAGCAGUGGACUAAGAUAUUGGACGCAAUGGCCGCCAAUGAUCACAUUGUAUUGUUUGAUUCCGCUUACCAAGGAUUUGCAUCGGGUAAUUUGGACAAAGACGCCUUUGCCGUACGUCUAGGACUACAAAAAUUGGCAACCGUGUCUCCCAUAUUAGUGUGCCAGUCGUUUGCGAAAAACGUUGGAAUGUACGGUGAACGUGUUGGUGCUUUCCACGUUGUAUUACCAGUACCAGAAACUGGAGUUGAGGUGCAAAACGUAAAAGCUGCUGUCACUUCUCAAUUGGCUAAAAUAACACGUAGCGAACUUUCGAACCCCCCUGCCUAUGGUGCCAAGGUCGUGUCACAAGUAUUAAACAACAAGGAACUGAGGGCACAAUGGUACAGGGACAUGGAGACUAUGUCCUCUAGAAUUCAGAAAAUGAGACAUGCUUUGAGGGACCAUUUGGUCGCUUUAAAAACACCUGGAAAUUGGGAUCACAUUGUACAGCAAAUCGGUAUGUUUUCUUACACUGGUCUCAGCUCUGAAAUGGUCCAGCGUUUAGAGAAAGAGCAUGCCGUUUAUUUGGUCAGCUCUGGUAGGGCUUCCAUUGCCGGUCUCAACAGCGGAAACGUGGAACAUGUGGCAAGAGCCAUCCACGAAGUGGUCACUUACUAUUCCAAUUCCAAAUUCUAA